UAAAGAGGCGGAGUGGGUACCUCUCUAUACUCUCUGUCAUUUAUCCACUGACUGGUGCUGAUAUCCUGUAGGAGAGCGACAGAAAAUGGCGACGAUUUUUAACCUUAUUCUCUUGUCGUUGUCUGUGUGUCUGGUGGCAGCAAGGCCGGGAGUUCGAGAUAUGACCGAAAUGAUGUGUACUAUGAGUGUUAGUGGAUGUAUGGGAGAUAUCGCCACCGCUGACUAUACUUCUCCAGCUGGUAUAGCGAGGAUAUGUAGCUCAAUGCACGCUCCGUUUGACAGCUGUGUGGACAACUUGCCGGAACAUUGUGCACCCUAUAUGGAACAGUUCAACCUAGGGGAAAUGCGCUCUGGUUUAGAUCAACUUUGUCGCAAAGACGGCUGUACGGUGUCUGAUAUGAUAUCAUGCAUGGCCAUUAUAGAACAGUCUGGAAACAGCGCUGCUGCAAUAUGCAGUGUGAAAGAACAAUACCUUGACUGUGACAGCGGACUUCCCGAUGCGUGCAGAUCUGACUCAAACUACAACCAGAACAUGGCACCUCUUCGUACAAUGCUUGAGUCCAUGAAUUGCUAAGGUUAAUCAAGAACAACAGCAGUCUGUGUAAUAAGGAUAUCAUCAGCAUUAUGACAUUUGUGUUUGGUGUCCUUUACAUAACAAAUAAACUCUGUAUGAUAAGA